AGCAGCGUCACGGCCCGGAACUGAUGCUGCACUCUUGUUCUAUUAUGUGUUUAGUUCUGUUUCAGUGUAUUCUUUAUUUUGAUAGAUUGUUAUAAGCAGAAUACCUUCGCAUAAACAGCUGCUAUUUUCCCCUCUGCAGCUGGAAAAGAGCUCGAAUAUGUGUGUGAGCUGCACAGCGAUACGAAGACAAAGCAGAAUAAGAGUGCAAAACGUAGUUUGGCUGAACGUGUGCUUACAAUGAAUAUGGAUGAAUCUAAGACAGAAAACAUCAGCCAUGGUGAAGAUACCACAUCUGAGAAUUCAAGUGAACUCAACAUGUCCUUUGAGAGUGGACAGAAGAAAAGCAGUCAAGAUGCCAUGAAAGACAAUGAGUCAGCUGAAUCAACAAGAAAACGCAAGGAGCAAGAUGAUGCCAAGCAGGACCCGAAAUGCGACAUGGACUCAAAGGACACCAUUCUUACAAAUGUCGUGGACAGCAAUGAUACAACUGGCCAGACGAAGCCAAGCAAUGGAGAAAAGGCUUCUGAACCCAGCUCGCCUGAUGCCAAGCUUAGUAAGCUUACUUGCAUGGCUACAGAGAUGACCAACCUCAGCCCACAAUUAAAUGCAAGUGAGACGUGUAGUACAGAUGUGGAGAUGGUGAGCCCGCAUAGCCCCACAAGCAAAGAAAGUCCCAGAAAUUUGGGCGAAAAUGCUUCUGCUUGCCCUGACUCGGAGUCCAAAACUCCAAUCCCAAAUCCAGAUGAUGACACCAAAGACAUAUCUGAAGUGACAGAAAUGGAAACGGAUGAUGUUGAGCAAAACUCAACUGCUGUUACUGAAGAGUCGAAUUGUAACCAAACAUCAUCUUCAGCAAGCGGGCAAGUGGACGAGCAAAAGGAAACGAAGUGGCUUGGAACCCCAAUAGAGGAGCUUAGACGGAGGUCUCAGUUUGGACAGUCCCUGCCACACCUCAGGGCGACAGACAAUCACAAAGUGCUCAUCAGGACAGAUCUGCUUAAAGCAGGUGAACUCCCCAUUCCAUAUCCAUUACAUAAGUUCAGAGAUUCCUGGGAUGAUAUGACUGUAAAAAUGCCAUGUUCAGAAAAGAACCUGUUUCCUGUGGAAAGUGAGGAUGGAAGUGGACUGCAGAGUCGUUGGGAGUUGAUUUCUAGUGCUUUAAAAGGGGGCUUAAAAAGUUCACUUGAUAUAAGGGAUGCAAUAUUAAGUUACAAUACAGCACAUGCUAAAAGAUGGGACUUCACAGCUUUGAACGUUCUCUGCACUGAGGGUCUGGAGAAUUGUGAAGUACAGUUUCUUUUUAACAACAUAUUGCCUGCGAUGGUGGAACUGACAGUGAAAAUGCCCGAGAUAUGCACCCAGCCAAUCCCUCUGCUUAAGAUGGGGAUGAAUCAGUCCUUGACCAUGUCACAGAAACAAAUUGCCUGCCUUCUAGCCAAUGCCUUCUUCUGUACAUUUCCCAGACGCAACUCACGCAAGUCUGAAUAUUCCAACUACCCGGAGAUCAAUUUUUACAGACUGUUUGAAGGUUCCUUCCCACGUAAGAUUGAGAAACUCAAAACUCUGCUGUGCUAUUUCAGAAGAGUGACUACGUCGAUGCCCACUGGACUUGUGACAUUCAUGAGACAGGGUUUAAGCAAUUUUCCAAAAUGGGAAAGCUCCAACACACAGCUCACCCGUCUUCAUAUCACCUGUGAGGGCACCAUAGAGGAUCAGGGUUAUGAAAUGCUGCAGGUGGACUUCGCAAACAGGAUGGUGGGCGGAGGGGUGACGGGUCUGGGGUUGGUCCAGGAGGAGAUCCGCUUCCUCAUCAACCCUGAGCUCAUCAUAUCACGCCUCUUCACUGAAGCUCUGGAACACAACGAGUGCCUCAUCAUCACAGGCACUGAACAAUACAGUAAGUACUCUGGCUAUGCAGAAAGCUACAGAUGGAAAGAAAACCACACCGAUGAGACACCCAGGGACGAGUGGCAGCGGAGGCGCACUGAGAUUGUUGCCCUGGACGCGCUGAAGUACAUGCAUUUCAUGGAGCAAUUUCAACCUGAGAAAAUGACCCGGGAUCUAAACAAGGCGUAUUGUGGGUUUGUGCGGCAUGGUGUUGACCCUCAGAACCUCUCUGCUGUUGCCACAGGGAACUGGGGAUGUGGUGCUUUUGGAGGCGACACUCGACUCAAAGCUCUGUUGCAGCUGAUGGCGGCCGCCGAGGCUGGCAGAGAUGUGGCCUACUUCACAUUCGGAGAUGAAGAACUCAUGAGGGACGUGCAUGAUCUGCACACAUUUCUUAAAGACAGACACGUCACUGUUGGCACUUUGUAUUGCCUCUUAAAGCAGUACUCUAAUGUGCUGUGUAAGACUGCCCUGAGGCCUGAUGUCAGUCUGUAUGGGUUCCUCUAUGAGCAGGUCAGUUCCGAUCCAGACCCGGAGCCCAACAUGGGUCCCAGCGACAGCCACAGUGAGCCUUCUACCUCUCCUGCAAACUGCCUUUAAUGCUGGCUGGUGAAUAACUGAUGCCUUAGUGUGUUCUUUUUCCUUUAGAAAGACUUUUUAGGUGAUUUUCAGACAUGUGCAUUUGGGGAAGCACAUUAUACCUUUAUUUCUACCCAUGAGUAUAGGUUUCAAGUCACUUUGAAGAAGUGGACAGGAAUUAUGGCAAUAUGUAAUUCAUUAUUUUUGGUACAUUUUAUCCUUCCUCGGAGUGCCAGACAAAUCUACUGGUGGUCAAAAAUUACUGCAUGAAACGAGAAAUUAAAUGAUAUAUUUAAAGUCCUGAUUUUCCCCAGCACUUCUCAAGGCACUCAGUAUCACUGAGUAAAGUGUGUGGUGAUGUCUAACACUUAAAAACCUCUAAAUACACUAGUCCCCCCUGACACUUAAUUAGAAAAGGUAUUAACUUUUUCAGAUUUUUCUGCCAUACUUUGAAAGGGAAAGUAUUGCUGAAGUUUCCAGAUGCGAAAAUAUUUGAUAGUGAAAGAUAUGUUAGAUGUUGAAAAAAAGUACUUGUAUAUUCACAAAUGGAAAUGCUGCAUUAUCAAAUUGUGGGAAAAUAUAUAUCAUCUCUGCAUGACAUUUUUAACAGUUUAUUAUGCUCAAGGUUUUUACUGUUUCAUUUAUUGUUUUGAUUAAAGAAACCUGAGAAAUGGGGUUGUUUAAAGGUAGUGAUUAAUUUCAUAUGUUGUGUUCUUUAUUUUAUUAUAAUUUGAUAAUUAAAUUGUUGAUUAUGAUACUUCUGUGG